UAUUUUAAUUUAGCAUUUUUCAUGUUCGGAAGCCAGUCACCGCCAAAAAACAAAACGGAGCCUCCUCUCUUGUUCGCGUUUUUGCCGGAACGGCAAAACUGAGCGACGGAGGUCGUCGGCCGGUUCUGGAUGGCGGCGGGAACAACGCCGAUUGUUCUUCCAGCCGUUCAAUUGAAAGCCACAGACUCAAAUGGCGUAACUCCUCCUCGGAACUCAACCCCUCUUCCUCGUCUAUCAAUUCCAAAGCCUUCUUGGAUCGUCAGAACUGAGUCAAAUGUUAGGAGAGAAAAAAGAAAGAAGCCAGAUCCACCUUGUGUGAUAUGCAAUGGAAGUGGAAGAGUUGACUGUCACCAUUGUUGUGGAAGAGGGAGGACAAAUUUUGUUCACCUAGAAAUGCUUCCAAAAGGGAAAUGGCCAAGAUGGUGCAGGACUUGUGGUGGGAGCGGUCUCGGCUACUGCUCCCGUUGCCUCGGGACAGGAGAGUAUCGAUAUAUAAUGGGGUUCCAAUUCAUGAAGAUGGAGAACAAUGAAACUCAGGAUCUUAAGAAGUAUGAGGAUCAAGUAAAGCAACAUCCCAGAAGCGCAGAUUCUCUUCUAAAUGAUGAGGAGAGUUGAGUUCAGAGCCAGAAAUUUAAGAGAAGUUUACAAUGGUGUAACAAUAAAAUACUAAUUCAAACUGAUGAUUUCUUUUUAGAAUAAAAAAUGUUGUAAUAUAAUUGGGGGAUAUGAUACAUUUUCGCCCCUAUUUUAGAAUGAUUUUCGAGUUAAUAAUAUUGUAAUUGGCAAGAUGUGUUGUGACUCAAAUCCAUUUUUUACCGUUAUAUGGAAAAUGCCAAUUCUGAAAUA